CUCCUCUCUCCGGGGGCGAUAAAGGCGCAGUGCAGCUUGGCUGUGCUCACACACAGGAGUAACCUGUUGGAUAGCUGGUUUUGCUUCUCUUUCACGCUGACCCAACACCCGGCUCUUCUCCAUACUCCUGAUCCUGUGUUUACCUGCAAAAUCUGGAUCCCCUGCACUUUCCCACCCGUUGUAUGAGUUGGUAUGAAAAACUCCUGCUGGAAUGAGAGCCUCUGUCCUAGGAUCAGCCUGUGCGCUUUUGUUGCUGCUGCGGGAGCCUGCGUGUCGGGGUGAUGAAGUUACCUCGAGCACAGUCAAUCCAUGCUGUUCCUUCCCCUGUCAGCACUGGGGUGUGUGCGUCCGGUACGGUCAGGACAAGUAUGAGUGUGACUGCACUCGUACCGGCUACUACGGAGAAAACUGCACAGUCCCCGAGCUUUGGACCCGAGUGCGUCAGUUUUUCAGGCCCAACCCAGGUGUGGUGCACUACAUUCUCACCCACUUCCACUGGCUCUGGGACAUCAUCAACCACACUUUCCUGCGGGACGUCCUCAUGCGGCUGGUGUUAACAGUGAGGUCAAACUUAAUUCCCAGCCCUCCAACCUUCAACUCCAAGUAUGACUACCUCAGCUGGGAAUCCUACUAUAAUCUGAGCUACUACACUCGACUUCUGCCCCCGGUGCCCAAGGACUGCCCCACACCUUUGGGGGUGAAAGGCAAGGCUGAGCUACCUGACCCUGAGGUGUUGGUUGAGAGGCUUCUGAAGAGAACGACGUUCCGACCCGAUCCCCAGCGCACCAGCCUCAUGUUCGCCUUCUUCGCGCAGCACUUCACCCACCAGUUCUUUAAGACCUUCAAUCGCAUGGGCCUCGGCUUCACUAAGGCUGUCGGCCACGGGGUGGACGCAGGACACAUUUAUGGAGACAGCCUGGAUCGUCAGCUAAACCUCAGGCUUCUCAAAGAUGGAAAGCUGAAAUAUCAGUUAAUUGAUGGAGAGAUGUACCCUCCCAGUGUUGCUGAUGCAUCUGUUCGAAUGAGCUACCCUCCCGGAGUCCCCGCUGAGGCUCAGAUGGCUAUCGGUCAGGAAGUCUAUGGACUUCUCCCUGGUUUGGGAAUGUACGCCACGCUGUGGCUGAGGGAGCACAACCGAGUCUGUGAUAUAUUGAAAGCGGAGCAUCCCACCUGGGACGAUGAGCAGCUUUUCCAGACCACACGGCUCAUUAUUAUCGGCGAGACCAUACGAAUCGUGAUAGAAGAUUACGUGCAGCACCUCAGCGGAUACCUGCUCCAACUCAAGUUCGAUCCCACCCUGCUGUUCGGCUCUCAGUUCCAGUACAGCAACCGUAUCGCUCUGGAGUUCAGCCAGCUCUACCACUGGCACCCUUUGAUGCCUGACAGCUUCUUAAUAAAUGGGGACGAGCUGUCAUACAAACAGUUUCUCUUCAACACGUCUGUUCUGACGCACUACGGCGUGGAGGCCCUCGUGGAUUCCUUCUCCAGGCAAAUUGCUGGGCAGAUUGGUGGUGGGCACAACAUCAAUGCGAUGGUCACCCAAGUAGCCGUUGGGGCCAUCAAGGAGUCCCGUGAACUUCGCCUCCAGUCUUUCAACCAGUACAGGAAGCGCUUUAACCUCACGCCGUACACGUCAUUCAGGGAAUUCACCGAUAAUGAGGAGAUAGCACGAGACCUCGAAGAGCUCUACGGUGACAUUGACGCUCUGGAAUUUUACCCCGGCUUGUUGUUGGAGAAAACACGAGCGGGGGCCAUAUUUGGAGAAAGCAUGGUGGAGAUGGGUGCCCCCUUCUCCCUUAAAGGCCUCCUGGGAAACCCUAUAUGCUCUCCGGAAUACUGGAAGCCCAGCACCUUUGGAGGAAAGGUGGGCUUUGAAAUAGUAAACUCUGCCACACUCAAGAAGCUGGUGUGUCAAAACACCAGAACGUGUCCUUACGUGUCAUUUAGAGUACCAGCAGAAGAGAAGCAAGAACAUGGGCGAGAAGGUGACAGAGCGCAGACUGACGAGCUAGCCGUCAUCAUGACUACUCUGGAUGACAAGAUCCUGGGAGAGAAGCUGCAGUAUUACUACAGCAGCAGUGAGGAUGAAGGCAGCGACAAUGAUGAUGAGGAUGGGGAGAACAAGACCAUCAGGGAUGCUGAAGUCACCGAACCUGAGAUAGACUACAGCGCAGAUGGAAGUGCUGUGAACACAGGGCCCAAGGGUGUGAUCAAUGACUGGAGGAAGUACAAGCAGCUUGAGGUGGAGCAGAAACAAGAGCAGAAGAAGGAGAUGGAAAGACUGAUCAAGAAGCUGGCGAUGACAUGCCGCUCUAACCUCGACCAGGAAAAAGACCAAGAGAAACAGAAGGCACUUCAGGAAAAAAUCCAAGGCAAAAUGACCAUGCAGGAGUACAACAUGCUUCAGGAAGAAGAGGAUGAUGAAGAAUUCCUCCAGCAUUACCGCAUGCAGCGCAUCGAAGAGAUGCGGCGCCAGCUGUGCCGCGGCAAGCGUUUUGAGCAGGUCUACGAGCUAAACAGUGGGGAGGAGUUCUUAGAGGCUUUAGACAAAGAGGACAAAAGCACCCUGGUCAUGAUCCACAUCUACGAGCCGGACGUCCCGGGCUGCGAGGCCAUGAGCGGCAGCCUGAUGUGUCUAGCUCAGGAAUACCCGCUGGUCAAGUUCUGCAGCGUGCGCAGCUCAGCCAUCAGCACCAGCGCACUGUUCAGAGACAGCGCUCUGCCUGCUCUGCUCGUUUACAAAGCCGGGGACCUGAUCGGCAACUUUGUGCGGCUCACAGAUCAGCUCGGGGAAGACUUCUUUGCCGUAGACCUGGAGGCCCUGCUGCAGGAGUACGGCUUGCUGCCCGAAAAGCCUCCUGUCGUCCCAAAGAUGGUUCGCAACGGAGCCAUCAUACAGAGCACUGUGAGCGACGAGGACUCUGACCUUGAUAUAGACUAGAGCCAUAGCUUCUAACAUGUAUGAUAUGCUUGGGAAAACUGUGUACACAUAUGUGGCCCCUCUGUAGCAACAGAGCGAGCCUUGACUGACACCUCACCACUCACGCAGCCGCACACAACCAGCAUUAAAGCAGAACCAAAAGUGAGUGCAGACACCACAACUUAGUGCAUUUCAUCCUAUCAUUCCAUAGUAAAUAUGAGUUAUUUGAUGAGUGUAAAUAUUAUUAUCAGAGGGUUUCAGAAUACUGUAGAUGUUUUAUGUUUUGUUUGAGCUGACAGCUUUACCUAUUUAUUGUAUUAAAUCACAUUGCCGUGUAUUCAUGUGCUUCACUGUGUAGAAUAGAAAACCUUUGGGCCAAUCUAACUAUUAGUUAAUUUUCUAACUUUUAUAUGUGCUCCACCAUAUCAAAUAGUCAGGACAAUAAAGUGUAAAGUGUUUGGACUUGGUA